AACUUAAUAUUUGAGUUUUAGUUUAUAGUAAUUAGGUAGGUAUUUUUAUGUUUUUUUUACAAAAAAUAUUAGGAGAUUCUGGAUAUCCUUUGCGCCAAUGGCUGCUGACGCCAAUUGCUAAUCCUACAACAAAUGCCGAAAUCUAUUAUAACCAGAGACAAAUGUCAAGCAGGAGCAUUAUUGAACGAUGUAACGGAGUCUUAAAAAUGCGAUUUCGGUGUCUACUAAAAGAUAGGACUUUGCACUAUAAGCCUGAAAAAGCAUCAUUGAUAAUUAAUGCGUGUAUAGUCUUACACAAUAUUUGUAUCGCCAACAAUGUUCCAUUGCAUGAGGAUGAAGAUGAGAUUAAUAAUUUGGGUAUGAUAGAAGAUGAUGCAGUAUUAGAUGAUAAUCAUAAUAUCAACAAUCGAAACAUAGAAUUAACACUAGGAAGAAAACAGAGGGAUAGAGUUGUACAAUAUUUAUUUAAUAGAAAUGAUGUAGUAUAAUAAUAUUAUUGAUAUUGUGAUGUUAUAUACUUUUACUUUUCAUUGAAAAUCUUUGUUUUUCCUCUCUUUAGAAUAAUCACAAGGAUCAAGGAAUUAAAAUAAUAAUACAAUUUUUUA